AUGAUCCCAAUAAGCUCUGCAAAGCUAAAUAGCAAACUGGCAAACAGGUCUCUCCAAAGUGAAGGUGAAUAUGCUAGGGGUUGCAUUAGCCUGCUGAUUGGAAUGGUGCUCGGAGUUUGCUUAGCUGGAAUCAUCUUUUACCCAACGUUACCAAACGAAGUCUACCGGAAUAACUCGCAGAAUAUAUUGAAAAUUAUUAAACUGGAAGUGCCACGAAAUGUAAGCGAGAAUGCCACAUCGAAUUCGAAGUUAGGAGUUGUAAGCGUUUCGCCCGAAUUGAGUAUUAAUAGUACCCACGAAGCUUCAGAUGAAGUUAAUAAAAGUAAUGAUAUUUAA